UUUAGAUGAAAGCAUUAACCUGUGAUGAAAUACGCGCCACCUUCAUUAAUUUCUUCAAGGAUCGUGAACAUACAUAUGUACAUUCAUCAUCUGUCAUUCCUUUCGAUGAUCCAACGCUGUUGUUUGCUAAUGCUGGGAUGAAUCAAUAUAAGCCCAUAUUUUUGGGCACGGUGGAACCAUCGAGUGAAAUGGCGAAGCUCAAGCGAGCAGUAAAUACUCAGAAAUGCAUUCGAGCAGGUGGUAAGCAUAACGAUUUGGAUGAUGUUGGCAAAGACGUCUAUCAUCACACAUUUUUCGAAAUGCUCGGAAAUUGGUCAUUUGGGGAUUAUUUUAAGUUGGAAGUAUGCAACUGGGCAUGGGAACUGUUGACGAAAGUAUUAGGAAUACCUGGAGAACGCUUAUAUGUUUCUUACUUUGGUGGCGAUGAUAAGACUGGCCUUGAUGCCGAUGAAGAAUGCCGACAAAUAUGGCUGAAUAUCGGAGUACCGCCGUCACAUAUUUUGUCGUUUGGAAUGAAAGACAACUUCUGGGAGAUGGGUGAUGUUGGACCAUGUGGACCGUGUUCCGAAAUACAUUAUGAUCGUAUAGGUGACAGAGACGCUUCACACUUAGUGAAUGCCGAUGAUCCAAUGGUUGUUGAAAUAUGGAAUCUUGUUUUCAUUCAGUUCAACAGAGAGGAAGACGGCUCGUUGAAGCAGUUACCACAUAAACAUAUUGACUGUGGUUUAGGUUUCGAAAGGCUUGUUGCAGUUUUGCAAAAUAAACUAUCAAAUUAUGACACAGAUGUCUUCACACCUCUCUUUAGCGCCAUACAUAAUGGCACAAAGGUACGCCCUUAUAGCGGCAAAGUAGGUGCUGAUGAUGUUGAUGGCAUCGAUAUGGCUUAUCGAGUAGUUGCUGAUCAUAUUCGCACUCUUUGCAUCGCCUUAUCUGAUGGCGGACGACCAGAUAAUACCGGCCGUGGGUAUGUUUUGCGGCGUAUUCUCCGUCGUGGUAUACGUUAUGCUAAUGAAAAAUUAUCAGCUACACCAGGUUUUUUAUCGUCAUUGGUGCCGACUGUUGUUAAUUUACUUGGAAAAACAUUUCCGGAGUUACACAAAGACCCACAAACCGUUAUGGACAUCAUCAAUGAUGAGGAAAAACAGUUUUUGAAAACACUUAACAAAGGACGGACGCUAUUCCAGAAAGCGGCCACACGUCUUCAGGAACGCAAUAUUUUGCCUGGUAAUGUUGCAUGGCGUCUAUAUGACACGUACGGAUUUCCACUAGAUUUAACUCAACUUAUGGCUGAAGAAAGAGGUCUCCUAAUCGACUUUGAAGCAUUCGAAAAUUGCAGACAACAAGCUGCUGAAAUAUCUGCUGCUCGUGCCAAUAAGAUGCGUGAUGCGAUUGAUUUGGAUGUCAGUGCUAUUUCGGAAUUGAAAAACAAAGGGAUUCCAGUAACAGAUGACUCACCGAAGUAUAAAUAUUACCCCUUACCUCCCGAAAAUCAGCAAACGAUGUACAAUUUCGAGAAAUGUGAAGGCAUCAUUCUUGCUUUGCGGAAGGACAAGAUAUUUGUGGAUACUUUGAAUUCGGAGGAUUUCGGUGCAAUAAUUCUUGACAGAACUAAUUUUUAUGCUGAACAGGGUGGACAGUUAUUUGAUACUGGUGUUCUCAGGGAAGUUGAUAAGGGUAGUGAAUUUAUUGUAAGCAACGUCCAGAUCCGUGGUGGAUACGUCGUACUUGUAGGUACUGUGGAAGGAGAAUUAUCUGUGGGCGAUAAAGUAAUUCAAGCAAUCGAUGAGGAGCGUCGCAAUCUAAUAAUGAAGAAUCACACCGGAACCCAUGUUCUGAAUUUUGCGUUGAGGAAAGUUGUUGGUGAAGUUGAACAAAAGGGUUCAUUAGUUGCUCCAGACAGGCUUCGAUUUGAUUUAACUUCCAAGCAGCCUCUAACCUAUGAACAGAUAAAAAUAGUGGAAGAAGAAUCGCAAAUGUUAAUUGAUACCAAUGCAACAGUGUUUGCUAAAAAUGCUCCACUAGCGGAAGCUCGUCAAAUCAACGGAUUACGAGCAGUUUUUGAAGAGGCUUAUCCUGAUCCAGUAAGGAUAGUGAGUGUUGGAGUACCUAUCGAAGAACUUUUGAAAGACAAGGAUGGCGAUUUAGCUGUCAACACUGCUGUUGAAUUCUGUGGUGGCACACAUUUGCAUAACGUUGGCCAUAUUGGCAAACUAGUAAUCACUGUGGAAGAGGCUAUUGCGAAAGGUAUUCGACGAAUUAUUGCGCUUACGGGACCAGAAGCUUUUCGAGCGAUCCACCGCGCUGAUCGAAUAGAACAACGAGUGGAAGAAGCACAUAAUGAAAUAGCUACUGACCGCAUUGUAACUCUAGAUAAAACACAGUUUAAAACUGCAUCCAAAAGAAUUCAUGAUUUGUUUGAGGAAAUUAACCAGUCACAACUACCGUACUGUCGUAAAGAGAGCAUUCGAAAAAAAGCAAAAGCGCUCCAAAAAUUAUUAGAUAUGCGCGAUCGUGAAGCGAAGGCAGCUGUUACUGAUAAGGUGCAGCAGGAAGCUCGUGAAUUGGAUGCUUCGUUAAAUGGUGAUACUCUAUACACUGUUCAUAUUUUCAGUAAAGGUGCCAAUGGGAAAGUAUUAGAUGGUGCUCUAAAAUCGAUAAAGAAAUCGCAUGCUGUUAUGGGAUUCUCAAUUAACGAUGAUAUUGGCAAAGUAGUCGUUGUGGCACGUGUUUCCAAGGAUGUUGCAAACAAAGGACUGCAAGCGUCAGAAUGGAUUUCAAAAGUAUGCAGAGUCCUUGAUGGUCGAGGAGGUGGUACAGUGAUACAAGCACAAGCUACGGGAAACAAUACUGAAUUAGUAGAGGAAGCUGCUCAAAUCGCUCUGAAGUUUGCAGAAGUUACGCUUUCUUGAUCUCUUAUUUCGAUUUAAAUAGAUUCCUUUAAUAUAAGCGUUUUAAUGGUUCAGGAGUUCUGCUGUCUAAAAUGAAUGUUUCAUGGACAGAAUUUCCAGAAAUUUCAAUCAAGAAUCAGUAAUCUUACUGUCAUUCAAGUCAUCGUAUUUUUAGUUCUUUUGAACUUACAAAUGUUGCUUUUUUCUUUAUAUGCGGAAAUUUUUCCGAAAAUUCACACUUUUGGAUUACCGUAAAUGUUUACGUAUUGCAGAAUUUUUCAGCGUAAUUCAUUAUAUUACUAAAAUUUGACUCUUCAUAUUCAUAUUUUUGUAAAACGAAAGAUGAGGCGAACCUUUAGAGGAUGGUUUACCUUUCACUGCAUAUUUAAUCAGUUCAAGUUUUACCUGAUCAGCAUUUCACAUUUCGAAGGUUUCGCAUCUCUCGGCUAUAUCAUGUCUUUGUUAGUUACAUUUUUUCUACGACAUUAUACAUUUGUCUCAUGCCCCCGAUUCGCUCAAUUCUAGCAUGUUUUAAACAUGUGACAUGCCUUAAAAAAAUAUUAAGACCACCAACGCUCUAUAAAGAAAAACUUCUACGAAAUAGUAAAGAAUCAGAAGACAUUCAUCCCAUCCUCCCUUUCUGCAGAAUUUUUGCUUGUUCCUUGUAAUCCUUAAUUGCUUCGCAAAGCUUUCAGUGUAUCUG